AUGAUUCUUUUCAGAAAGCUGGAAGAUCGUGGCUUUGCAGAGAGUUUGGCUAGCGUGGUUGCAGCGUGGAUGAUGCUUGAGGUGGUUGCCCUCAAAAUGGUCCGUUCCUUUCUCAGGAACUUGCCGGCGCUGCCGUCUUUACGCGAGGAGAUCACACGCGACGGUCUGAUGCUGCUUGGCUUGCCUCCUCCUCCACCUCUGCCAGAGGACGUCGAGGACGAAGUCGAGGGGGGCUUCUUGCCCUCUGCCCCCUCUUCGUCCCGUGAGAUGACAGGCGACUCAAGUUUCCUUCGCCUCUUCAAUAUCGGCGCCCGUUGGUCCGCGGGGGUCAGUGGGGCACGCUUAGUGGUGCUGGUGGUGGUUGUGGAAGAUGGUACUAAGAAUGCAAGAAAACAAUCCAAUGAACUCAGAUGUGCCGAGGGGAGGUGA